CGUGGUGGCUCCCAUUCGAAGGCGACGGCGGUCGUCUGUAUUUCGGUUCUAAUCUCUCCAGAAAAAAAGCGAAAUCGCUCCGGACAGACAGUGAAUUUGACACACUUUUUUGCUGAGAUUUUUUUCAAAUUCUUAUCGGUCGAGUUUGUGGCAGGGCACUGGAAUGACGGGGUGUGCCGAGAAUUUGAAUUAGCUCGCCGUUAGUUUGAAGAAAGAGUGAGUCGGGGUAGAGAGAGGAGCCAUUUUGUCCCGACUGUGUGGGAGAAAAGAAAGAGUGGAAAAAAGGAAUCACACGGGAGGAGAUCCUUAUUUUUGCUUUCUGUUCUCAUGUUGUAAGGGGGGAAACAGUCGGGUUUGGGAAAUAUAACUUCUCGGACAAGUCUACGGGCACGUUAUUUGGGUUGUAUUUAGCCAACUAGCUUGCCAAGCUAAUCAACAAAUCCCAGAUUGUUAACUGUAGCAAUCAAGAGGACCGGGGCAGUUGGUCAGGUUGGCCAAGGAGCUGGCUUUAGACUUCACAUAGGUGUGCUAGGUUAUCAGUUGUUUCUGAUCUCUGCGUGACUCGAGGUGGUUUUCAAUGGCGAAGAAGACGUACGACUUGCUGUUCAAGCUGCUUCUAAUCGGCGACUCGGGCGUGGGGAAGACCUGUGUGCUGUUCCGCUUCUCUGACGAUGCCUUCAACACAACCUUCAUCUCCACCAUAGGAAUAGACUUCAAGAUCAAAACUGUUGAAUUACAAGGAAAGAAGAUCAAACUACAGAUCUGGGACACAGCAGGCCAGGAACGGUUCCACACCAUCACCACCUCUUACUACAGAGGAGCUAUGGGCAUCAUGCUGGUCUACGACAUCACCAACGCCAAGAGCUUUGAAAACAUCAGCAAAUGGCUGCGCAACAUUGAUGAGCAUGCAAAUGAGGAUGUUGAAAGAAUGCUGCUAGGCAACAAGUGUGACAUGGAGGACAAAAGGGUCGUACCAAAAGCCAAGGGCGAGCAGAUUGCGAGGGAGCAUGGCAUUAGGUUUUUUGAGACGAGUGCUAAGGCCAACAUCAACAUCGAGAAGGCUUUCCUCACGUUAGCAGAAGACAUCCUCAGAAAGACGCCUGUAAAAGAGCCCAACAGUGAAAACGUCGACAUCAGCAGUGCAGGUGGAGUCACAGGCUGGAAGAGCAAGUGCUGCAGUUGAACAACUCCUCUGUUUCAAUUCACACUAAUGCACACAAACACACACACACACACAAAAACACACAUAUUCUCUCUCUAACUGCUAUCUCUAACUCUCUCGUCCUCUAACUUGUCUCAUGAGUUUUCUUGCACACUGACACUGUCUCUUUAUCAGAAUAAAACAAUAAACCACUUCACCUGUCUAAUCCCCCCCCACCCUCCAUAUUCCUCACUCUGCAUCUGAUGAUCAUUUUUAUUUCUGAUAAAAAGAGAAAUCCAGUCACGUUUCUUGUCAUUUGUUUUAAAGGUCGUUAAGAAAAAAGUGUGAAAAGACAAGCUCAUGUUUUUAAUAUUUCCUUUGCCUGAGCUCACCUGAUUGGGCACCCUCACCUUCCCCCUUAACCCCACCCACCCACAGCACUCACCUUCAGUCAGAGGAAAUCCAAGUAAAAAGAAAAUAAAACAAAAAAGACUAAUAUAGGAUUAACAUUUUGUACACUUAGUGAGGUUUCUGUUGUCUAACCGUAUUUGGUCAUUUACAAUUUGUUACCAAGUGACAGAGGCGUGGCUAGCUCCUUUUAUAUGUGGGGGUUUAUUUUGUCCUGUGCCUUAUAUGGAAGACAGGGGCGGGGCUGUGUGGUGGGCGGAGCCACAUCCACCCAUUGAAAUUACAGUUUAAUAUUAUGUCGGUUCAGGCUGUCAUCAUGAAGAAGCCGAACUGAAGUUAAAGCGUUUGAAUUUCUCCUCCAGCCAAGAGAACGGCAUUAUACCGUAUGUCCUGUUUUAACGGUGUUUUAUUUGUAUCUGUAUGAUUUAUUUUACUUUUCCUUUUUUCUUUUUUUUUUUUUCCCUUUUUGGGUUGUUUUUUUUUUUUUUUUCCUGCAUGCAGAUUUCUUUGGGUUGGAAGCGUUUCUGUAACGUUGUGUAACGUUUGCCACUGGGUAACUGUGGGCGGGAGGUACAGAAGUUCUCUUUGGAAAUUCAAACAAUUUUGCAGAUCCAUUAAAAAUAAGCUUGUUUAAGUUAA